AUCUGACUGUGUGGUGAGUACCCUGAGCACCUCUGACUAAUGCUUGUGUGCUGCACAGAAACUGCUGACUCAUUUAAUUUUUAUACUUUUCCCCUGUCUUCCUCCAGAGCCUUGGACUAGAGAUGUGGUAGGGUCAAGGUAAGGUCAGGGGAAGAGGAAACAGAAAUGAAUGAGUAUAACUGUAUGUGUGGCAAGGAUGAAGAUGCUGAAGAAAACCUUCUUUGGUAAUGUGAAAAAAAGAUGAUGGCUGUAAUGGAUUUCCUGAAAAGGUACAUAAUAAACCAUAUGUUAGGAUCCAGGCAAAGCUGUCGAACAACUGUAGUGAUCCCACAACUGGGAGAUGCUGGUUUAUGGUCCUGUUAGUGGUAUGCUCUUCAUUUUGAACAAAAAGCCUUUUUACUCCUUUGCCUCCGUUUGCACUUUCAGCCCUUCUGUCUGUCUGGUUAUAUUCUGCCAUGAAGAGCUUAACACUGAAGUCAUUUUCUGCUACUUGCAGAAGAGCUGACCUGGCUUGAGGUUUCUGCUGUAGCAUAAAUAACAGGAACAGAGAAAGACAAUUAACCAGUUCUAGGCUGGAAAGUCAGAGGUAGAGGUCACUUAGCAGAAGGAGCUGCAGGCGGGGACAAGCACACUGAUUUCACAUGUAUCUGUGACUGUUUAUUAACGCCUGAAAAAUUUCUGGUGUGCACUGGAUUUCUUUUUAAUCUGACCAACAACAGUUAAAUUUCAGUCAUAUUUUCCCAGCAGGAUUCAGGUGAACGAAAAGGUUUGCCUGUGCAAUUCAGUUAGCAGAUUAUGCAAUUUUUUUUACCUAUCAGGAAAAGGGGAAGAGCUGAGUUAAACCCUGCUGUUAAAGAUGGGGAAAGAAUAUAUUUGGGGGAAGUCUGUGUGUAGAAUUGACAUGUGACUUUUUAUCAAUUUAAACUGUCAACUACUGUGUGAAAGUUAAAACUGUGUCCUGUUUUUCCCUGUCUCCAUGUUAUGCCUCUCUUUAUGCAUCACAGUUUGCCUUUUAAUCAUGUUUUUCAGCACUUCAGAAUAUACCAUUACUACAGAUGUUGCUUUUAUACUUCUGGAAGGUCUGGAAGCAUUCUGCCUGCAGGAGCCUACACCUGCACUUGAAUCAUGUUGUCUUCUGGAUUUUGGGUCUGAAGGUACCCUCUUACUUUCUCAGCAAAUCAUGGACAUCGUUGGCUUUCUGAAGUCUCAAUUCAUUUGCCACCUUCUGAUCUGCUACAUAUUUAUAGUGUCAGGACUGAUCAUUAACUUCAUUCAACUUUUUACACUUAUACUUUGGCCAAUCAACAAGCAACUAUUCAGGAGGAUCAACUGCAGGCUGUCUUACUGCAUUUCAAGCCAGAUGGUGAUGUUACUGGAAUGGUGGUCAGGCACCAAUUGCACUCUCUACACUGACCCACAAAGUUACUCCAAGUACGGGAAGGAGAAUGCCAUCGUAAUCCUUAAUCACAACUUUGAAAUCGACUUUCUCUGUGGUUGGAACUUUUGUGAAAGAUUUGGGGUCUUGGGGAGUGCCAAAGUGCUUGCAAAGAAGGAGCUCUCCUACAUGCCCAUCAUUGGCUGGAUGUGGUAUUUCCUAGAGAUAGUCUUCUGCAAGCGUAAGUGGGAGGAAGAUCGGAAAACAGUCGUACAGAAGUUGCUGAAUCUCCGGGACUACCCUGAAAACUUUUGGUUCCUAAUUCAUUGCGAGGGCACAAGGUUCACAGAACAGAAGCACCAGAUUAGCAUGCAGGUAGCUGAAGCCAAAGGCCUGCCCAAGCUCAAAUACCACCUGCUGCCAAGAACAAAAGGAUUUGCAGUCACCGUGCAGUGUUUGAGAAAUGUAGUUUCUGCAGUGUAUGAUUCUACCCUCAAUUUUAGAAAUAAUGAGAAUCCAACAUUGCUGGGAGUUCUGAAUGGAAAGAAAUAUCAUGCAGAUUUAUAUGUAAGGCGGAUUCCGCUAGAGGAAGUCCCAGAAGAUGAGCAGGAAUGUUCUAACUGGCUUCACAAGCUGUAUCAAGAAAAGGAUGCAUUCCAGGAAGAAUAUUACCGAACAGGAGCCUACCCAGAAGUCCCUAUAGUACCACCCCGACGACCAUGGACGCUUUUGAACUGGCUUUUCUGGGCCUUAUUGCUGUUAUAUCCCUUAUUCAAGCUGCUCAUCAACAUGAUCAGCAGUGGAUCAUCACUGACACUGGCUAGUUUUGCAUUUGUCAUUGUAAUGGCUUCUGUCGGUGUCAGAUGGAUGAUAGGCGUUACAGAAAUUAACAGGGGUUCCACCUAUGGCAACAAUGACAACAAGCAGAAAUGAAAGUAGUAUCUUCAGAGACUGCUUCAAUCCAAAGGGAACAAAUCCAACUUCUGAAAACUCUUAAGUGUGUAUCAUGGUCCUUCAAGUGAGAGCAGAGGAAGCAUAGGAUGAGCAAUUGCCAUGCAUAUCUGAAUUUGUGCUCCUGUUAUUUUUCUCUGGGGGUUUGGGCUGGAUGACACACUUGAAAGAUGCACUCCUUUGUCUACUUGCCACAGCAAGUUUGCAUUUGUUUGGCUGGUUUGUUUCCCUAUAAACUGUCUUAAGUUUUGAAGAAGAAAAAAAAGUAAUUCCAGUGUACUUGUAUGAUGAGAGAUUACCUGGAAACUAACCAGAGGUGCAGGCUUUAUCUUUCCUAACCUGCUCUAAGGAAUGGACAAAUGUCAGAAGAUUGUUACAAGAUGAUUAAAAUUGGUAGUUGUCUAGAUCACACGUUAACAGUUUAACAACCAUAUUCUGUCAGUGUUUAAAUACAGUAAGAGGCUCUGCUUGGUUAUACCAGCACUAGACUGAAGCAGCUCUAUUGAACUGAGAGAAUUGCAAGUAGAGGUUUUUCUACAUCUAGAACUUACUCCCAUAGUGGGCACCACAUGGGGCCUUUGAAACCUCAGCCAGACCCCAGACAUCCCAACAUCGUAAUCUUGCAGUGGCAUAACCUGGAGUGGCAUUUAGCCUUGGGGCCAUUUGCAGAGCUAAGAGUUACCCACUGCCACAUUUUCCCCAGGCGAUGUAUCAGAGGGACAACUAAAACCUGUAAUUCUUUUGCGAGUAAAUAAAUGCCAUUUAUAGUUUGGAAAAACGGAGGUACUAAAAUUCUUUUUCAUCUUUAAACUGAUUAAAAUUCUAGGCCUUUCUAAUAGUGGUGGAAACAGAACAACUGGGUAUGCUGUAACGAAGUAAUGCAAAGCACAUUAAAAGUUAUGCCCCACACCCCUACUACUGUUGUGAUCCCUAUUAAUCUGCUUGUCUGUCAUUUUCGGUUAGUUUACACAGUGCCUCAUAACAGUCACCCUGAGGUAACAGCUAAAUUAUCUUUUGCCUUUUUUUUGGGGGGAGAAGAGGGGAAGUAUUAGACAGACCUAGGACAGUGACAGUGCUUGGGACUUUUUAUGGCUUUCUGGACUUUGACACCCUUCUCAGUUAAAUAAAUCUAGAAUCAAGCACCUGUGUUGCUCUGACAUCCCAGGGCAGCCUUCUCCUGGUUCUGAACUUAAGGAGUUAAGGGUAUACAAGUUACUAAAAAGAACUCAUUUAAAAAAAGAAAAAAGGAAAGAGCAGACUUCAGCUACUGGCAAUUAUGAUUUAAAAAACCCCAAAUCUCUGAAAUCUAAAGAUACAGAUGCUGAGCAGGGGCAAUCAGGAUUGGCACUUUCAAUGAUGGUACAUUUUCAUUGUGCAUAGGACUAAACUGUGACAGACUAGGAGUAAACUGUCUGUGUGAGCCCAGAGAAGAAAGUCUUAGUUCUAGCAGCUGAUACUAAAAACAUUUCUCUUUCCCUACAGUAAAACAGAGGCCAGAAGAAAUGGGGGCUAAUACAACAGCAUAUGAAUCAUUCCAUGAAAUACACGUUUGCUCUUCAGAUGUCAGACCAUCUUGAAACUACUGUCUUUAAUACACAGCACCUAAAGAGCAGGUGCAGUAGUGCUUUUAGUAUGGGACAGAAAGUAAAGAUUUUUGAUAGUAGAGGCAAUAAAAAGUAUAACAUGAAGGAAGGAACAGGCCUUGGGACAUGUGAGGGACUCGUUCUGGGGGCUUUUUCCCUGUCUUGUGUACACACACAUCCCCUAUGCUCUGAAGCUUUCUCAAAGAAGUGUAUGAGGUCAUGAACAUAAACAUGGGCUUUAGUGUAGUUUUUCCAACACAGGAGAUAGAACCCAAAAUCAGAAAACACUGCCAUGCUUAUAAAGCUGUUCUUUUAAUCCUAACAGUGGAAAACUGAGUAUUACAGCCUGUAGUAGUGUCUGACAAUCCAGUUAUCCCACAGUAAUACAGCAGGCCAUGUUACAGAGCCAGGCCUGAAGCCACUGUACACAAGACACUGAAUGUGGGUGGGAUGGGAGAGAAGAGCAUUCUCCAAGCUAGUGUUUUACUAUAACUCUUACCUGGCAGAUGCAGUGGACUUCUGUCAGGGUUAAAGAAUGAUCCUGUAUGCAGGGCAAGUAAUUCUGAGCAGCAAAUACACAUUCAUGCAGUGACAGAGAGUAGCUUUUUUGCCUUUUUCAAGAGCCACUGGUGAAACAUGCUGGCAGGGUGACACUGAACAUUCCUUAUGACUCUUAGUCCCUUCCUCUCCAACUGCAUGUAGUGCCACUUCUCCCAGAGGAAAAUACCAACCAUGUAAAUACUUCUGAGAAAGUAUUUAGGCUAUUCCUUAUCCAGUUCCCUGGGACAUGCCGCUCCUGGAUCUGUCCUCCUAAGCACUUGUGGCAGUCCCAGCACCUGAGGACUGCAGCACUGGGCCCUGCCAGCAUCCACUGGCAAACAGAGCAAGAGUACUGGAACUUGCCAAAGUAGUUAUACUAGUCCAGUUCACUGUAUUAAAAGAAUGAUGUAUGUCAUCAGGAAGCAGUGUUUGCCCCGUGUCCCCACAAGCAACUAUAUGUUCUACAACUGCCUUAACAAAAGUAGUCUUAACAUUUGUUUAUACAAAAAUAAAAGUAUAAAAAGCUAA